CCACCGGCUGAGGGGGACGGGCGGGCGGUUGCAGUGGACUGGUGUGGAGCUGCACGGGCAGCGAUGCUUCAGCUGCGUUUUUCAAAGAGCAGGGUGGCCCUCUUGGCCCUCAAGCGGCUCUUGAUCUGUCCGGCCGCCACCCAGAGCACCCAGCGUGUGGAAUACAAGCCCAUCCGAAAGGUUAUGGUGGCAAACAGAGGGGAGAUUGCCAUCCGGGUGUUCCGAGCAUGCACUGAACUGGGCAUCCGGACCGUGGCUGUGUACUCUGAGCAGGACACAGGGCAGAUGCACCGGCAGAAAGCAGACGAGGCCUACCUCAUUGGCCGGGGACUCCCCCCUGUCCAGGCAUACCUUCAUAUUCCAGACAUCAUCAAAAUAGCCCAGGAGAAUGAAGUAGAUGCCGUGCACCCUGGAUAUGGUUUUCUCUCAGAGCGGUCCGACUUUGCCCAAGCCUGCAUCGAAGCUGGUGUGCGCUUUAUUGGUCCUUCCCCUGAAGUGGUGCACAAGAUGGGCGACAAGGUUGAGGCCCGUGCCCUUGCCAUCUCCGCAGGAGUGCCCGUGGUUCCUGGGACAGAUGCCCCCAUUUCCUCUCUCAGUGAGGCCCAGGAGUUCUCCAACACAUACGGGUUCCCCAUCAUCUUCAAAGCAGCCUACGGUGGAGGAGGACGGGGCAUGAGGGUCGUGCGCAGCUAUGAGGAGCUGGAGGAAAACUACACCCGUGCAUAUUCUGAGGCACUUUCUGCAUUUGGGAAUGGCGCACUCUUUGUGGAGAAGUUUGUGGAAAAGCCAAGACACAUAGAAGUCCAGAUUUUGGGUGACAAGUAUGGGAAUGUGGUGCACCUGUAUGAGAGAGACUGCUCUAUCCAGAGACGGCACCAGAAGGUGGUGGAGAUAGCACCUGCUGCUCACCUCGAUUCCCAGCUACGCUCCAAACUCACCAAUGAUGCCGUCAAGCUGGCCAAACAGGUGGGAUAUGAAAAUGCUGGCACCGUGGAAUUCUUGGUGGACAGGCAUGGCAAGCAUUACUUCAUUGAGGUGAACUCCCGACUUCAAGUGGAGCACACAGUGACUGAAGAAAUCACAGAUGUGGACCUUGUCCAUGCCCAGAUCCACAUCUCCGAGGGCAAGAGUCUUCCAGAGCUUGGGCUCAAACAGGACAAUGUGCGGAUCAACGGGUGUGCCAUUCAGUGUCGUGUGACCACAGAGGAUCCUGCUCGUGGGUUCCAGCCUGACACGGGCCGGAUUGAGGUGUUCCGGAGUGGUGAAGGCAUGGGGAUCCGCCUGGACAGCGCCUCUGCCUUCCAGGGGGCAGUCAUUUCCCCACAUUAUGACUCCCUCCUGGUGAAAGUCAUCGCUCAUGGCAAAGAUCACCCCACUGCAGCCUCCAAGAUGAGCCGAGCCCUGGCUGAAUUCCGAAUCCGUGGCGUCAAGACCAACAUCCCCUUCCUGCAGAACGUACUUGGCAAUGAUCAAUUUCUCCAUGGCACUGUGGACACUCAGUUCAUUGAUGAGAACCCUGACCUUUUCAAUUUGCGACCUGGUCAGAAUCGAGCCCAGAAACUUCUUCAUUAUCUAGGCCACGUCAUGGUAAAUGGCCCUACCACACCCAUCCCAGUGAAUGCCAGGCCCUCACCAAUUGAUCCAGUUGUCCCUUCAGUUCCUUUGGGUCAGCCACCCACAGGUUUUCGGGAUGUCCUUCUCCGUGAGGGCCCUUCAGGCUUUGCAAAAGCCAUUCGUCAGCAUAAGGGCUUGCUCCUGAUGGAUACCACCUUCCGGGAUGCUCACCAGUCACUGCUGGCCACCCGCGUCCGCACCCAUGACCUGAAGAAGAUCUCUCCCUUUGUAGCCCACAGCUUCAGCAACCUCUUUAGCAUUGAGAACUGGGGAGGUGCUACCUUUGAUGUUGCCAUGCGCUUCCUGUAUGAAUGCCCUUGGCGUCGGCUGCAGGAGCUCCGAGAACUCAUCCCCAACAUCCCAUUCCAGAUGCUGCUGAGAGGGGCCAAUGCUGUGGGUUACACCAACUACCCAGAUAACGCGGUCUUCAAGUUCUGCCAAGUGGCCAAGGAGAAUGGCAUGGAUAUCUUCCGAGUCUUUGAUUCACUCAACUACCUUCCCAACAUGUUGUUGGGGAUGGAGGCAGCUGGACAGGCUGGAGGAGUGGUGGAAGCAGCCAUUUCUUAUACAGGGGAUGUUGCUGAUCCUAACCGGACAAAAUACACCCUCGAUUAUUACAUCAACCUGGCUGAGGAGCUGGUCAAGGCUGGGACCCAUAUCUUGGCCAUCAAGGACAUGGCUGGCGUUCUGAAGCCACAGGCCUCCGCUUUGUUGGUAGGAGAGCUGCGCAAACACUUCCCCGAUGUCCCCUUGCAUAUCCACACCCACGACACCUCUGGGGCUGGGGUGGCCUCCAUGCUGACCUGCGCUGCAGCAGGCGCCGACAUCGUGGACGUCGCAGUGGAUGCCAUGUCUGGAAUGACCUCCCAGCCAAGCAUGGGUGCCAUGGUGGCGUGCACCCGUGGAACCAAGCAUGACACAGUUGAAAUGAUCCUCGUAGGUGGUGCCACAAAGAAAUAUCUGAACGAAGCACAGAAACCAGUGGAUUCAUGGCCUCAGAAGAGAGAAUAAUGUGAUAGAUGACCAGAGACCAUUGAGAUAUCAGUAGACCAAGAUAACCAGCACCUUGAAUUGGGCCUAGAAGUUUACUGGAGAGGCAUGAGACAGGAAUACUGCAUUCCACAAAGCAACCGACAGAGAGCAUAUGGCUGCUGUAUCGUGUACCAGCCUAGGUUUUGACUACUUUCACAAAGAGCCCUAGUUAUCCACUCUGACCAGAUGUGGAUCACACAAAGGUGUGCAAAAGCAUUCCUCAAUACAGGAAGCUCCAGAGACUCCAGGAAAAUCUUUUAAACUGCACACCUAUUCCUUCCAAAAACUCCAGGAACCUAAUUUUGGAUUCGCUUUUCUAGCUAGUCUGGACAUUUUGGUAGUAACGGAAAAGGAACACAUUUGGAAUCAUUUAUUUGAAUUUACCUUUCCAUGUAUGUGUGUGUGUAUGUAUGUAUGUAUGUAUGUAUUAUUUCAUUAUUAUACCACCCAGGAAAGAAGUACACUGGCCUUUUUGCCUUGCCUUGCCUUGCCUAAGCCUACAGAAAAUAUUUAGAUCAAAAAGCAUGAGAAAGUAAAGGUCUUUAUAAAAACUUAUUUUAUUUCUUUAAAAAAGGAUCAAAAUGGUAAGAGCACAGAUGAAUACAACAGUGGUAAAAAUAAACAAAGCCUGGUGCAGCAGAAACCAUCAGUACCAGCUGCUGCCACCAAGACUCUCCACAGCGCCAAGCACUUCCAAACCCACUUCAUAGAAUCUUAGAAUCAC